UCUCAUCAUUACGUUGUCUUACGACACUUGAACGCGGCCUCAGCAUGUUGAAGAACAAAGCUACCGAGGAAAAGGUUGACACACUGCUGUCGAAGAGUCAAAUACCCAUCAUCGAUCUCGCACACUGCGGUACGGAGGAAUGUCCAAUCCGGUCGGUGGUGAACCGUGUCGGACAUCAGCUGCACAAAGCGCUCAACGAAAAAGGCAUAGCGCUGCUGGUCAAUCAUGGCAUAUCUGAGGAUAAGAUGAAGCAGGUGUAUGGACACUUGGACGAUUUUUGCAAGCUUUCGGAUCCUACGAAGGAAACAUACCUGCGCAAAGGCGAAACAAACCACGGUUACAUCAAACCGGGACAGGAACGUUUCGAUGGUAAAUCAAAAGAUCUGCGCCACACCUUCAACAUCUGCACAUUGAAGCCCGAGGGCCCGUUACCGGAUGAACCGCUGCCUGGCUUUCGGGAGCAUGUGUCCGAUCUGGCAACGGAUUUCAAGCGCCUUUCGGCACUCCUCCUGCAGGCACUAGCGGUCGGUAUGGAACUACCGUACGGGUACUUCCUCGAGAAGCAUCGUCACAUACUAGACGGUGAGGGCGAAAAUCAGUCCACAUUCCGGUUGCUCUACUAUCCGCCGCUAAUCGAAGACGAUGGCAAAAAUGAGCUGCUGCGCGGAACGUGCAAGUACAGCCAGCAGCGCUGCACAAAGGACGAAAUCGAUCUGUCCCUGCCCGAGGAUUACCGUGCCAAGUUACGCGAGGAACAGGAGGAGCAGGAACAGCAGCAGGUCACACGGUGCGGCGCACACUGUGACUAUGGUACGUUUACACUCCUCGCACAAGACUCGGAAGGUGGGCUAGAGGUGAAGCUUCCCGGUACCGAUCGAUGGAAGCGUGUCGGCCAUCUGCCCGGUGCCAUCCUGAUCAAUGCCGGCGAGCUGCUGUCGACGUGGACGGGCGAAAAGAUCUGCGCCCUGCAGCACCGUGUGAUUAUUCCGCAGGAGGAAACAAUCCGUACUCGGGGCCGUCAUUCGUUGGCAUUUUUCGUUCAUCCUGACAACUGCAUAUCAAUUACACCGAUCGAUCUGCCAACCUCCAGCUCCUCGAAUUCGCUAGAUUCAGAUGAGAAGAAAACCAAAGGACGGAAAAAGUCCUUCAAAACGGCCAAGUCAAAAAUCUACAAUGCGUACCAGCACGUGCAGCGACGCUUUAAGGAAACGUACGCGUCGUAGCGUAUUAAUUUUACAAACACAACACGGCAAGCGAUUUGCUUAGAACCGUCUACUUAAUACGGAUUCAUCCAUCCCCCAAGCACACGGCGGACAUCCGAGCGUUCAUCGGUGCUGUAUUUAUGAGACUUAGCCACCAAUUUAUUCCACCCUUUUCUACUUCCAUCCUAACUGGUGUAUACCGUGUUUUUUUUAACGAAAUAAUAUAAAACAAACAUACAAACCUUCAAA